CAGGCACACAAACACACACGGUUGGGAUUUGGGAACACAGCUAGGUAGCGAUGGCAUCCAACAAGUCCUCCAUAGCUUCCCCUGCUCUCAUGUUCCUAGCCGUGGCAGCACUCAUAUUGGCCACUUCUGUGCGGGCCCAGACACCCGCUCCUACGCCGGCACCGACUCCAGCUCCAGCGCCGGUACCGGCCCCUACACCUACGCCUACUCCAGCACCAACCCCGACUCCGACGCCUGCACCGACGCCAGCACCCACUCCAGCUCCUACGCCGGCACCGACUCCAGCUCCAGCGCCGGUACCGGCCCCUACACCUACGCCUACUCCAGCACCAACCCCGGCUCCGACGCCUGCACCGACUCCAGCACCAACUCCAGCUCCGACGCCAGCUCCGACGCCAGCACCCACUCCAGCUCCGACGCCAGCACCUGUGCCCACGCCUGCCCCGGCACCAUCCCAAGGUCCUUGUCCUUCUGGCUUCCCUAACCUCGCCGCGCUUGUAUUAGCGAAGCCGGUGUACCUUAGACGCGGUAUGGUCCUGACUCUCUUCCCUAAGCCGGUCCCCCAAGGCACCAGCACCAAAGUAUGCGUGUGCUUUCCCUCUACUAACAUCACCAUCGUCGGCCUCGUCAAGCCCAACUGGGCUGGCCCCUACACAUGCGUGCGUGGGCAGAGCCUGAACGUACUUCCAUGAGAAUGCGUACGCACGACCCAAAUGUGCCGCAUGUAUAUGCAUGCGAUCAUGUCCGCGUGCGUCUAAUUAACUACUCGUAUACGUACUAUAUACAUAUAUACACUAUAGAAUAACGAGCUCAUCCUGCUGUAUGCGAAUGCAUGCGCCGUAUCUGCAUGCGGAUGAGAUUGAGAUCCAUCUACAGAUGCAUGUAACGUGUGUGAAAUGCAUGUUCGUGUAAUCCUGUUGUGUUUUGUACGUGUGCUCACCAAAUACAUAUAUUUAUUGGAAGAAUCUAUAUUGAUUAAAUGCUUUCAUUAUUA